AUGUGGCAAGUGUUGCAGGCUGCAUCAACCACUUGCCCCAGCCUGACUACACGAGGCACCAUAACGCCCGCGUCGCCACAAGAAUCAGGAAUUUGCUACAACGUCGAGGAGGACCAUCUGAUCGACAACGUCAACAGGGAAUACGUCGAGGAGGACCAUCUGAUUGACAACGUCAACAGGGAUUACGUCGAGGAGGACCAUUUGAUUGACAACGUCAACAGGGAUUACGUCGAGGAGGACCAUCUGAUUGACAACGUCAACAGGAAUUACGUCGAGGAGGACCAUCUGAUUGACAACGUCAACAGGAAUUACGUCGAGGAGGACCAUCUGAUUGACAACGUCAACAGGGAAUACGUCGAGGAGGACCAUCUGAUUGACAACGUCAACAGGGAUUACGUCGAGGAGGACCAUCUGAUUGACAACGUCAACAGGAAUUACGUCGAGGAGGACCAUCUGAUUGACAACAUCAACAGGGAUUACGUCGAGGAGGACCAUCUGAUCGACAACGUCAACAGGGAUUACGUCGAGGAGGACCAUCUGAUUGACAACAUCAACAGGGAUUACGUCGAGGAGGACCAUCUGAUUGACAACGUCAACAGGGAAUACGUCGAGGAGGACCAUCUGAUUGACAACGUCAACAGGGAUUACGUCGAGGAGGACCAUCUGACUGACAAAAUCAACAGGGAUUACGUCGAGGAGGACCAUCUGAUUGACAACGUCAACAGGGAAUACGUCGAGGAGGACCAUCUGAUUGACAACGUCAACAGGAAUUACGUCGAGGAGGACCUUCUGAUUGACAACGUCAACAGGGAAUACGUCGAGGAGGACCAUCUGAUUGACAACGUCAACAGGGAUUACGUCGAGGAGGACCAUCUGAUCGACAACGUCAAUAGGAAUUACGUCGAGGAGGACCAUCUGACUGACAACAUCAACAGGGAUUACGUCGAGGAGGACCAUCUGACUGACAACAUCAACAGGGAUUACGUCGAGGAGGACCAUCUGAUUGACAACGUCAACAGGGAUUACGUCGAGGAGGACCAUCUGAUUGACAACAUCAACAGAGAUUACGUCGAGGAGGAUGGAUGGUGA